UACACAACCGGAAAUAGCGUGUGGUUCUCUUCCGUUUUGCGGCCAUCGCCGGUGCUCCAGCGGUCAAUGUCAAGAGUUUCUAAACUGCGAGUGAGACUUCUGUUGGUCUUGUGGGUUUCAACCCCCUUCACACGUUUCAUUCAGCCAAAAUGAAGUUCAACCCCUUCGUGACCUCCGACCGGAGCAAGAACCGCAAGAGGCAUUUCAAUGCGCCGUCCCACAUCCGCCGCAAGAUCAUGUCUUCCCCUCUCUCCAAAGAGCUGAGGCAGAAGUACAACGUUCGCUCCAUGCCCAUCCGCAAGGACGACGAAGUCCAGGUUGUUCGAGGGCACUACAAGGGACAGCAGAUCGGCAAAGUAGUCCAGGUUUACAGGAAGAAAUACGUCAUCUACAUCGAGCGAGUGCAGCGAGAGAAGGCCAAUGGCACGACCGUCCAUGUAGGCAUCCACCCCAGCAAGGUGGUUAUCACUAGACUAAAACUCGACAAAGACCGCAAGAAGAUCCUUGAACGUAAAGCCAAGUCUCGCCAAGUAGGAAAGGAGAAGGGCAAAUAUAAGGAAGAAACCAUUGAGAAGAUGCAGGAGUGAAACAAUUUUAUAUGCAACUUUCAUUAAAAACUGCUAAAUGAAGAACCA